AUUUCUCUCUCUCUCUCUCCGAUUUCACUCCCAAAUCGACACACAAUCGCACAGAUCAUCCACAGUAGAAGCCAUCGUCAAGCCGCAACCGCUGCGUACUCUAUUUUCCCCAAAUCAUCUAUUCCUCGAUCGUUUUUGCUCAGAUUUGGAGGCGGAAUUGAGCUGAAUUUAACGAACGUAAAUCGCAUCGCACAUGCGGCGUUCGAUGGCAUGCACUGCAUAGGAUACGUGGCCGCGCAGCCGUUGGUUUCGAUUUAGACGUGAAUUGGAUAAUACGAUGUCGCAUCUGGUGGUGAAACUGUGGCGGCAGGCGGUGGUGCCAUGCAUGACAUGCCCGCUCUGCCACAAGCUCUUCCGCGAGGCCACCACUAUCAUCGAGUGCCUCCACACAUUUUGCAGUAAGUGUAUAAACAAGAAGCUCUCAGAUGAGGAAAUGGAAUGCUGUCCAGUAUGCAAUAUUGAUUUGGGAUGUGUUCCAUUGGAAAAGUUGAGGCUGGACCAUAAUUUGGAAGAUGUGAGGGCAAAAAUAUUCCCUUAUAAGAGGAUGAAAGUGAGAGCUCCUGAAGUUGCAUCUCCUGUUACAUUACCUGCCAAGAGAAAGGAAAGAUCUCUCUCAUCAUUGGUAGUUAGCACUCCUAGGGUUUCAACUCAGAGUGGAAUGACUGGACGGCGAUCAAAAUCCAUAACCAGGAAAGCAUCAAGAGGUUCCAGUUUCACAAUAGAGAAACCUAUUAUAAAAGAAGAUAACUCCAUGGAUGAUCACCAUGAAAACUCUAGCUCACCUGAGACACUAAAUAGAUCAACUCAGAAUACGAGGCAGAGUUCUGUUGCUAGUGAUCCAUCCAAUCACCCUAGUCCUGAUAAGGGAAGAGAGAAUGGAUCUGAGACUUGGGAAGAGAUGGGUGAUCUUUGGAAACCAUUGAAUUGUUUGGUGGAGGCAGCAAAUAAAAGCAAGUCUUCAAAGUGUAGCAUGCAAGGAGAUCUAGCUAAAUCAGAAGCUCCAAAUUCCCAUGACAACGAGGGACCUCCAAAUAAAAGCAGAAGUAAAGAAAACAGGCAGAAACCAAAGGUUCAAGAUGUCAAGAAUUUCAAUGACCAUAUCCCUCCAGAUUCAGGAAGGCCCAAAAAGUUCCGCAAAGCUCGUCAAAAGAAGGCGCAGGAAUUCGCAGAAUUUAGACUCCCUCCCCAGGUUGUGUUAGGUGCUGGUGCAAAAUCCGACCGCAAGAAUCAUCCAAUUUGGUUUUCACUGGUAUCAUAUGGGCAGGAAGGCGAUGCACUGUCCUUGCCUCAGAUAGCUGCAAGUUACUUGAGAAUUAAGGAUGGGGGCAUGCCGGUUUCUUGCAUUCACAAAUACCUGAAGCUGAAGCUAGAUCUUACAAGUGAAGAAGAGAUAGAAAUAAAAUGCAUGGGACAAGCAGUGAUGCCAACGUGGACACUAAAUACUGUAGUGGCUCGAUGGCUCGAAUCAACCACCACCGAAAAAGUGGUUGUGAAAAUUGGUACAUCAGCAGAGGAUCUGGUGAUGGAAUUAGGCUAUGCUCGUAGGUCCUGAUACCACAUCACCAUGUUAUGACACCAUUUGCCCGUUUUAUCAGAUUCUAGUCUUCAGGAUACUUCUCUUGUCUCAAUAGUAGACAAUUUCAGUUGUAUGACAGUCUCGAAAGUGAAGCAGUCUUUAGGUUAGUGUGGGUUCAGUGACCUUGUAUUCGCUGGGUAGUAGAUACAAGGUUCAAAUGUACAAGAAGAACAACUGCAAGAUUUUGAUUCAAUUCAAUACUGCAUUUGUUAGCAUGA